CGAAGAAAGAGGGAGAAAGAGAAUAACAAGGUAGAGGAAGAGGAACGGACGCGAUUCGGGGAGCGUUCGCGAACGAAGGCUCGAGAAGAAGAGAAAGAGGGUAGCGUCUCUUCACAGGUGUCGCUUCGGAGCGCUACCACUAGAGGCUACAUUCGCUCCUGGUACCGCGAACGGUAAACCGGCGGCUUCGACGCCGCUACUCGGCUCCGGUCAGCCAGUUGCGUCACCUCGAAACUUCUCCAGCGGGAUCCCGCUUCGGCGGAGUACAGAGUGGUUAAUCAACAGUAUGUCGCAGUGCCGCGUAUAAAUUUCGCAUAAAAAAAAAAAAAUGACCGCGAAGAUUACGAGAAGAAUCGGUUCGGAGUUGUCGCGCGACAAGUGAUAGAUUCCGGUCCGGAAAAGUGCGCGAGCUUCUUCGAUUUUUUCGGUUUACUUUUGUGACACGAGAGAGAUCCGAAUGUUCGAAAGAAAUUCCGUCUAUUGUUCCGAUCGUCAUUUUUUUGUGAACGAUUUCACCGAUCGAGAUUGAAAGCAGUGACAAACUUGAAAUAAUAUAGAUUUUUGAUCUUCGAGUGCACAUGUGUUAUAGACAAAAAUUUUAAUUAAAAUUAGUACUUUUAAAUAUUUUUAACUCUGAUAUACAAACAGUUUGUUCGACAAUUGUUCGAACGAAGACUUUUCUGUGAAAACAAUGGUUUUAAACGCGCUGAAAGAUAAUUUUAUUGAAUACAAAAAUCUCAAUGUACGAUCCACGAAAAUCAGAAGCGAGAACGCGCCAGAGACAAGGUGUAGCAUCGGCCGUCGAUCGUCGUUCGGCCGGAGAUAACCGGUGGAACCAGAGGACCAGUUCGACUACACGUUCUCGUGAGGAACCUCACAUGCACGCGCGCGACGGACGGCCGUUAUGUAAUCGACAGCGGCGUUUGAUGGAAUUCAUAAACAAUGUAAAAGACCGGUCAUCCAACGGACAUUCAUUUUCUAUAUAUUUACGAUAAUGUCCUGAACGCGCGGUUAGCAUUUUCCUGUCGCGCGAUAUUUUCAAAAUAGAAUCGCUUGUUUCUGGAAGCGAACGUCCGAGCAUGGUUGUCUACCGCGCUAUUAAAACUUGUUUAAUUGCUGAUGAAAAGAGCGCUUCGACACGGCGCUUCUUUUUCGAGAAAGAAGAUGGAUUAGCGCUCGCUCGUGAAACAAGGAGAGGACGUUAUCGUGCGGCAGCGAUCAGCGUUUUACUUUUUGAUUUUUUUUUUUAACGCGACCGGCGUUUAAUCGAAGGAGGUGAUCAACGACGUCGCAGGGAAGUCUGAUCGACCCGUUAGAAAUUAAAGGCUUCUACACACCAUUGCGUCGCGUCGCGUCGCGUCGCGUCGUCCGAUCGACGAACUGCAUAUGAACUAACGCGAGAAUGCUUCUUCGCACACUCGGUGGUGCACCGGAUACAGUGCGGUGAAGUCGAGACCGUGAAGAUCGCAGUCCGUAGCAGGGCAAUCUAAGCUUCCGACGCGGUUGAUCCAAGGCGCGACAGAUAUGGAUGACGGUGUGCAGAACGGAGUGCAGUCAGACCAGUGGUUGUCAACCUUCGAGAAGGGAGAGAAGCGCGCGAGUUCACUUGGCGCGUUGCGUUUUAUUCGCACGCGAAGCAGCAUUCGGCGAGAACUCAAACGACAAUGCUAUCGAAACAAGACUGGCGACUCCUACGGUCCUCAAGAUAGUCAGACUGGAAGUGGAGGUGGCAUAGGAAAGUGGUUGCGGGAACAUCUGGGUGGCGGUUUCAAAGGAAGUCACGACGUCAACUCGACGUUCCCCUCUAAGGGAAACGCGAAUACCGCCGAUAACGUCGGCAACAAUAAAUCCCUCGGUAAAACGAUUUACACGUCGCAAAAUCUUUACUGCAGUUUGCCGAGAGAACACGGUCGCUACACACAAAAUGGCGCUCGAAAGAUUAACUACGGCAGUUCUACGAAGCCUCAAGGUUUCGAUCGGCCGCGAUCAAACAGCAUGAACCACCACGAGAAGUCAAUGUCGAGCGACCUUGGGACUUUGACGCGAGGUGGACCGAUCUACGGCAGCGAGGGUAGAAGUCUGAAGAAACGAAAUCGCGAUCGUCGUCGGUAUUCGCUCCAUGAGACACAUGAUCAAGGCCGCCAUCGUCGACGAAGGUAGGAUUGUUUUGCGGAGGGUAAUUCCGAUAUUUGCGCGUGUGUCAGGUUUUACGUCGUAGGUAUAGGUCAGAAAAAAUAAGAGUAAAGAUAAUUUAUGUUAUAUUAUGUUAUAAUUUCACGUUUUUAUUGUUCAUUUAUUAACGAAACCAUUAUCAUUUUCAAAU